AGAGCUUCAGGACGGACAGACAAAACAUUAUCGCUUAAACAGGGCGGAGGUACAACUGUUGCUGGUCAACACCCAGAGAGCCGAAAUUCUGCUAACCAAAGCUUUCGCAAUAGAGUAACAAAAUGAACGAGUGCCAUCCAAUAAUUGAGGGAUUCUGCCUGGAGGUUUCUCUUUGCCUUUUCGAUAGUGCAAGCAAGAUGUAUAAGUUUUUCAAAGUUUAUGCCUGAUUCCGUAAUAUAUAAUUUAUCAUGUACUGACAGUGAAGUCCACGUGACUCCAAAGUUUCUAGGAUCCAGUCCAAAGUUCAAAUCCACAUGCUCCAGCAAAAUACAAAUAACAAGUGAUGAAACCCUUGUUUUUCUCCUUGACACCAAUGAGUCACUGAGAUCUUCAAGUCAAUGAAUACCGCUCUAAUCAUAUCCUUCCAUUAUCUACAGCUUUGAAACAUACUCUUCUCUCCCAAGCACAGCUCUGUGUUAAGCCAUGGCAGUUGCUUUGGCAAUUACAGGUGAAGGUGGGCAAUACAAUGGUAGGAUGACCUUGUUCGUUGUGCUGUCAUGUAUGAUGGCCGCCAUGGGAGGAGUCAUCUUUGGCUAUGAUAUUGGAAUUUCAGUUGGAGUGACAUCUAUGGAGCCAUUUCUCAAGAAGUUCUUCCCGGACGUAUAUAGAAAGAUGAAGGAAGACACCAAAAUCAGCAACUACUGCAAAUUUGAUAGCCAACUGUUAACAUCAUUUACCUCUUCACUAUACGUAGCUGGACUUUUCGCUACUUUCUUAGCCUCAUCAGUUACAAAAGCUUUUGGUCGCAAGCCAUCAAUCCUGGCAGGAGGUGCUGCAUUCCUUGCUGGUUCAGCCCUUGGUGGUGCAGCUUUCAACGUUUACAUGCUCAUAUUUGGUCGUAUCUUGCUUGGGAUCGGGGUUGGAUUUGCAAACCAGUCAGUCCCUCUGUAUCUCUCCGAAAUGGCACCACCUAGAUACAGGGGAGCAAUCAACAAUGGCUUCCAGUUCAGUAUUGGCAUAGGAGCACUGGUAGCUAACCUUAUUAAUUUUGGCACGGAAAAGAUCGAAGGUGGUUGGGGCUGGCGUAUUUCCUUAGCUAUGGCAGCAGUUCCAGCCUCAAUCCUAACACUAGGCGCAAUUUUCCUCCCGGAAACACCCAACAGUCUAAUCCAGAAUAGCAGUGAUCAUGACAAGGCUAAAACUUUGCUCCAGCGAAUACGAGGCACCGGAGAUGUCCAAGCAGAACUCGAUGAUCUCAUCAAAGCGAGCUCAGUCGCUAAAAGCAUCAACCAUCCAUUCAAGAAAAUCGUACAAAGAAAGUACAGGCCUCAACUAGUAAUGGCAACAGCCAUACCCUUUUUCCAACAAGUGACAGGCAUCAAUGUCAUUGCAUUUUAUGCUCCAAUUCUAUUCAGGACAAUCGGAAUAGGUGAAAGCGCUUCCCUCUUGUCCUCUGUGGUAACCGGCGUUGUGGGAGCAGGUUCUACAUUCAUAUCAAUGCUUAUAGUAGAUAAAUUCGGGCGAAGAGCUUUGUUCAUGGUUGGGGGAAUCCAAAUGUUUGUGUCACAGAUGCUUGUUGGGGGAAUCAUGGCAGCUCAGCUAGGGGAUCAUGGCACAGUGAGCAAAGGGUAUGCUUACUUAGUUAUAUUCUUGAUAUGUAUAUAUGUAGCUGGGUUUGGAUGGUCUUGGGGUCCAUUGGGAUGGUUGGUUCCAAGUGAGAUAUAUCAGCUAGAGAUUCGAUCAGCCGGGCAAAGUAUAACGGUGGCAGUAAGCUUCGUGUUCACUUUUGUUGUCGCACAAACUUUCCUAAGCAUGCUUUGCCACUUCAAGGCAGGGAUUUUCUUCUUUUUUGGCGGAUGGGUGGUGGUGAUGACUGCAUUUGUGUACUUUUUGUUGCCAGAGACUAAGUAUGUGCCAAUUGAACAGAUGGAAAAAGUGUGGAAGGAGCAUUGGUUUUGGAAAAGAAUCGUGGGGGAAGAGGAUGAUGAGAUUAAGACUCAUCAUUGAAUUUAACGAGUUUUCGAUCUGAUUGUCUCGCAAGAAGAACAUAGAAAACCAGUUUGCCUAGCAAACUCAAGUUCUUAGACAACUUUUAAAUUUGUAAUUCAAAUCUCAGAAACAAGAAUCUCAAAUUCUCAGCUGUAUAAUUUAGGAUCCCACAACUUUAAUGCUUAUUUGAAAAGUGAUUGUGCAUGUAAUUGCCCCGGUUCAAAGCCAACUGUAACGGCCAAUUUCUCUCUGACACACA